AUGAUAAAGAUUGAAGAAAAAUUGAAUUCUCUACUUGCCAGUGACAUCAUAGAACCUGUCGAAGGUGGUUGUCCGUGGGUCUCCCCGCUGGUAACAGUGGUGAAGGACAACGGAGAUCUUCGCUUAUGUAUUGAUAUGCGCAGAGCUAACGCAGCGAUUGUACAAGAGCGGCACAUCAUGCCAACAAUAGAGGACUUCCUACCAAAGUUUAUAUCUGCAAAGUGGUUUAGCCGGCUUGAUGUUAAAGAAGCCUUUUAUCAAAUCGAGCUUGAUACUGAAAGUCGUUACAUUACCACUUUUAGAACGCUCGUGGGUCUCUAUCGGUACAAGCGUCUGAUGUAUGGUAUAGCUUGUGCGUCAGAGCUAUUCCAACGAAUCCUUGAGCAAAUCCUGAGUCCUCACAGCAAGUAUGUAGUUAAUUUCAUAGACGACGUUCUUAUUUUCGCCAGUACAGAAGAAGAACAUGAUGAAGUCCUCAAAGCGGUCCUUUCGACGUAG